AAGGACAUGGGGAAGAUGCUCGGGGGAGACGAGGAGAAGGACCCUGACGCCGCCAAGAAGGAGGAGGAACGGCAGGAGGCGCUGCGGCAAGAGGAGGCGGAGCGCCAGGCCAAGCACGCCAGGAUGGAGGCGGAGCGCGAGGCUAUGCGGCAGAGCCUCCGCGACAAGUACGGCAUCAAGAAGAAGGAGGAGCGCGAGGCCGAGGCCCAGGCCGCCAUGGAGGCCAACUCGGAGGGCAGCCUGACGCGGCCCAAGAGGGCCAUCCCGCCGGGCUGCGGGGACGAGCCGGAGGCAGAGGAGGAGAGCAUCCUGGACACGGUCAUGAAGUACCUGCCCGGGCCGCUGCAGGACAUAUUCAAGAAGUAA